AUGUCAUCUCCCUUCUCGAUAAACGGCGGUGCCGCCGUGGCCAUGGUGGGCAAGGACUGCGUCGCCAUAGCGUGCGACCUGCGGCUGGGCCUGCAGGCGCUGACCGUGUCCAACAACUUCCCCAAGAUCUUCCAGUACGGCGACGUGUUCCUGGGCCUGACGGGGCUGGCCACGGACGUGGCCACCGUCUCGGACCUGUUCCGCUUCAAGGUCAACAUGUACCGCCUGCGCGAGGAGCGCAACAUCGCCCCGGCCACCUUCGCCAACCUCGUCAGCUCCAGCCUGUACGAGAAGCGCUUCGGCCCCUACUUCGUCAGCCCCGUCGUCGCCGGCCUCGAGCCCAAGACCGGCAAGCCCUUCAUCUGCGGCUUCGACAGCAUCGGCUGCAUCGACUUUGCCAAGGACUUCAUCGUCAGCGGCACCGCCUCCGAGCAGCUGUUUGGCAUGUGCGAGAGUCUGUGGGAGCCCGACUUGGGACCCGAGGACCUCUUCGAGACCAUCUCCCAAGCCCUCCUGAACGCCGUCGACAGAGAUGCCCUCUCGGGCUGGGGAGCACACGUAUACAUCAUCGAGAAGGACAAGGUCACCAAGAGAUUACUGAAGGGCCGACAGGACUAG